AUGGUCCAGCACAUUGCUCUCGCCGGCUUCGUCUUUGCCUCAGCCGCAGUCGCCUCCGCCAGGGCGGGCGGCUCGGCGCCGACCUUCACGCUGACCUUCACGAACAAGUGCUCCGUCGACAUUGACCUCUACACGCGCCUCGCCAGCGUCUACACGGACGAACACGAGGUCCUCGCCCCCGGCGCGUCCGUGGACAAGCCGAUUGGAAAAGGCUUUGAGGGCCACUUCCGCAAUGGCUCGAACGACGCUGCCACGCUCAUCGAGUUUGCCACGAAGGGCGACCUCGACUUGGCCUGGUUCGACCUUGGCAUCAUUCCGCCGCAUCUGUUGUCCGGGCACGAGUUCUGCGCGAGCCUCGCAGACUGCAAGCUGCACUCAAAGAGCGGCAUUGGCUUCAACACCCCCGUCCAGGUGACGCCCCUCUCCAACACGAACGGCGAAAACUGCCGCGAGCUCACGUGUCUCGCCGACGGGUGCGAGGACGCCUACAACUUCCCGCAGGACGACACCAAGACGCACUCGUGCCCGUUCGGCACGAACUUUGUCGUGACGUUCUGCCCGUCGGGCGCCACGACAGAGCAAGAGCUGACUUCAGGCUCGACGUCGACCACGCAGGAGACCAUUGCAUCAAAGCCGAGUCCUUUAUCAGCAGACUCUCCGACGCAAGAGGCUGAGUCGAACGACAAUGCCGGCAAUGUGCCUGUCCAGGACGACAGCGUGAAGGGCGAAUCGGAGACUGGCGUGGCCACGGACGGGACACCUGCGCCCGAGGUGGUGGAGCAGAACGGAGCACCCGCACCUGCGCCCGAGGUGGUGCAGAGCGAGACGGAGGCACAUGUUCCUGCAGUGACGCCCGAAGUCGCUUCCACGUCCAACCACUGCGAGUAA